CUUGAUAACAUGAAAGCCUGUGAAUAUAAAUCAGGAUCAUGUCAGUGUGCUAAAUCACUGUGGUUCAGUGCUGGUUGACUAGCUGCGCACCUUGCAGUGGUGUAAUACACCUGUUCUACUCCCGGAAGUGGUGACGAGAGUUUUCCACGCGCAGGAGCUGACGCCAGGUAUGUCUCGCGGUACGGGAAUAAUUCCAGAUGAAUCCAUGUUCAGUGAAUUCAAAAGACAAUGCUCGUCCACGGAGAACUGGGUCAGUAAAUAUGAUAAAAAUGACAUGGAGGUCUGGGUCGAGGUGGCCCCUUUAUCAGCUUCUACAAACAGCAAAGGAAACUUAUCCAAAGUGCACAAAAUCAAGUGCAGAAUGAACAUAAAGGAUGUUUCGGCUGCCACCAUGUUUGACGUGCUUCAUGACGGCUUGUACCGGAAGACAUGGGACCCUACAAUGCUUGAGAGUUUUGACAUCGCUCGUCUAGCUGCUAAUGCUGAUGUGGGCUACUAUUCAUGGCGCUGCCCAAGCCCAUUGAAGAACAGAGAUGUGGUGACCCUGCGCACUUGGCAGGCAUCUGAAAGUGAAUAUGUGAUCAUUAACUUCUCAGUGAAACAUCCGAAAUAUCCCCCACGGAAGGAUCUGGUAAGGGCCGUUUCCCUUCUGACGGGUUACCUGAUCAAACCAGCGGGGACCAACAGCUGCAUUUUCACGUACCUCUCACAAGCGGAUCCCAGAGGGUCUCUUCCAAAGUGGGUGGUCAACAAAGGAUCUCAGGUCCUGGCUCCAAAAGUUUUAAGAAGUGUCCAUCAAGCCGGUCAAAACUACCCUGCGUGGAAAGCAGCAAAUUCUCCAGAUCAUAAGCCCUGGCUCCACCCCAUACAGAGUGAACUGCCCAUGAUGGAUCCAGCAGAGUUGUCCAUCCAGCGCAUAGACUCGCUCGAGCACGUGGAUGAGAGCUUGACAAAGGAUGCUAAAGAAAAUGAGGAUAGUAGCUAAAAUGGCUCAAAGAAAGGUUGAUAUAAAUGGACAGUCUUUAACUCUGCUCCGUGUGACAGGGUCAGUCCAGUUACCUCUCACCACACUUAUAGCUCACUGACGCAACAUUCCUUCUUCACACGCACAGAGUAAGUGUUUACAAUCACCGAUGCACAGAUCUGCACAUUCCAUUAUCCAUGUCUUGAGUUGCUUAGGGCAUCGCAUAUGCGAUAAUGGUGCUUACUUGAACAAAAGAAAACAUUAAGCAGCUCUGCUUCUUAAUUUCAUUUAAAACCCUAUGAAGGUGGUUCAUUGUCAUAAAUUAGAUCUUUUUUUGCUUCUUUAAUUUAUUACUACCGGUAAAUGAUUUUGAUAAAGGCACACCUAUAAUCCUUGUUUUAAGUCUCUAUGGUAGGGGAGAGGUUCCUCUCAAUGUCAUUCUUUUGUGUUUGUGUAUUUAUGUCUGUGUGCCUUUUCAAAGAAGUGUGUGUCUGUAUUGAUGUGUGUGAAAAUGAUUUGACACCGAGUAACCAGGAGAAGACCUGUUAAAGGCCCUGUAAUACGACCAAAGCAGUCCAAGACACAAUGUGGUAUUACCUCAAGAUUUAUUACUUGAAGUGGUAUUAGUUCAUUUGCCUGUAACAGGCAGAAGAAAUCAGAAGGAAGGGGAAUGUGAUAAUAGAGCUUUUCUGUACUUCUGUUAUGUGCCCUUGAACAGGAAAGAAAAUGUCAUUAGCAAUAACAUGAUAACAGCGGAACAAAGUUUCCCAUAUUAUUGAUGUUUCUCUUUCUGAUGAAGGAUGGAUAUGUACAUUUGUGUGUUUGUUAACUUGAAUUGUAUGUAUAUGAAGCUCUAACUCACUGAAGGGUAAUGUACUUUGAACAUUUUAAAUAAAGUUCAAAAUGC